AUGUUGCUGCUUGGGUUUUUGUUCCUUGUUCUCGGCUGGAUUCUCGCUCCGUGGUUCUGCGUGCUUGGUCUCGUCCCGUUUUCGUCGGUGGAGGCUGCAGCAGUCGGCAGCAAGAUGAUUGAUGGGAGGCGGCAUUCGGUGGACAUUCCUGUCUCGAGGGCCCUGGUGGCCAUCAUGCGGUCCAGAUCCCUGAGGGACCCUGACACCAACUCGCUGGCCAAGUUCUCCGCCAAGAAGACCAUCUGGGAGAGCUGCUCCCUCGACGAGGAAGAGCCGGAGGGGGCGAACAACAACAAGACCACCUACGGCAGGCACAGCUUCAGCUACAACGCGUACGAUCACCUCCAGCGGAGGAGGGAGGAGUUUGGGGACAGCCUCAGGUCGGGCCGGCUCGCCGACUCGCCCAUCAACAUCAUCAAGGCCAAUGCCAUGGCCAAGGCGGCGCUCCAUAACCAGAGCUGUUGCUCGGCCAUCUCCGGGAUGUCGAGGAUCGCAAAGGACAGGGGUUUUGGUUUGGUGGCUGGUGGGGAGGAGCUUGGCCGGAGGGGGGAGGCCAGCACGUUCCAGGAGAGCUCCAGGAGUUUGCUUCAGAAGUACCGCCCCAGAUCUUUCUCCGAGCUUGUUGGGCACGGUGUUAUUGCUCAGUCUCUUUCAGGUGCUGUUCUGAAAGGGAAGCUUGCUCCUAUCUAUCUCUUCCAUGGUCCGCACGGCGUGGGCAAGACGUCCAUGGCUAGAACGUUUGCAGCAGCGCUCAAUUGCCGUUUCACUGGUGGGAACCAACCAUGUGGGCGCUGUGACGAGUGCGUGGCCAUAUUCUCGGGAAGCAGCAGCAGUGUGGUAGAGAUUGAUGCUUCCAAACUUGAUUGCAAAUCUAGGGUCGCGGCCUUGCUCAGGAAUGCCUGUGAAGUCCCUGCCUCUUCACACUUCAAGGUUAUGCUUGUUGAUGAUUGCCAGCACAUGGACAAGGAGGGAUGGUACUCCAUCUAUAAUAGCCUUGAAGGGAUUCCUGAGAGCACAAUCUUUGUUAUGAUCACAUCCGAUAUUGAUAAGCUACCAAGCAAUUUCAUAGGGUGGUGCCAGAGCUACAGGUUUUGCAAGAUAGAUGAUGCAGAGAUUGCCCGCAGGUUGAUCAAGAUUUGUACAAAAGAAGGCAUGGAAUUCGAAGCAGAGGCACUGGACCUUCUUGCUCGCAAGGCUAACGGUUCCAUUCGAGAUGCAAUUCAAAUGCUUGACCAACUAACUCUACUUGGAAAGAGAAUCAGCAAAUCAGUGACACAUGAGCUGAUGGGUGAUGUCUCAGACGAGGAAUUGCUUGAUCUUCUCAAUCUGGCCAUGUCAUCAGAUGCUGCUACAAUUGUGAGGAGGGCCAGGGAGCUUUUGAGCUCAAAAGUCGACCCUCUGCAGUUAUUAGCUCAGCUUGCAAAUCUUAUCAUGGAUAUUUUAGCUGGGAAGCACCCCUCAGAUUCUUCAGAAGUUAUAAGAGUUACUGGCAAACAUACAUCUGCUGACGUGGAUGCACACAAACUUAGGAAUGCAUUGGAAAUACUCUCUGAAACUGAAAAGCAAUUAAAGACAACAAAAAACCAGUCUACAUGGCUUACUGCUGCACUGUUACAGUUUAAUAUGAUGGAACCCUACUGUCUAGAUGAUACUGCAGUUUCAAGCAUGUUUACUGAAAGUCAGACAGAUGAUGGGACUGCAGUACUGAAAGAUGAAAGCUUAGAUACGAGUUCCCAUCUUUGUUCCCAGAACAAAGUUAGUUCUCUAGACAUGAAUUUGGGAGAUCCAGAUGUAUUGGAGACGAUAUGGAUGAAAGCUCUUGAAAACUGUUCAUCCCCUCCACUUCAAAAUCUACUACGGAAAGAUGGGAAGUUGUCGUCUCUGUAUACAACCCAAGGUGUGGCAGUUGCUGAGCUACAGUUCUGCCAUCCUGAGGUUGUCCCAACAUCAGAGAGCUUCUGGAAGCCACUAUGUGCAUCUCUGCAGAAUUUGCUGAGGUGCAACGUCGACAUCCGAAUCAACCUUUCGCCUAUCUCUUGCAGCAGAGCUGGAUCCAAGGACUCAUCUGUCAGCCUUGUCAUGGAAUCAAGAGAAGACCGCGAGGUGCAGGACCCAGUCAUCUCAAACUGCAGAACCGUCGUAUCAUCCAGAAGAGACUGCCCUUCCCCACUCGUGGGGCAGGCCAAGGAGAAGCCGCCCCAUAUCCUGGGGUGCCUCCAUGGUGGUGCAGAUGGUGACACAGUGGAUACCGAACCGAGGAUCUUGAGCUAUCAGAAGAUCUCUGUCGUCCCUGCAGCGUCCGCCCCAGGAAACGCUCCCCUGAAAGCCACCGCUGGAGACACAUCAAAGGUUGAUGAAGUCAGAGUUCUUCGUGGCUGCUGCUCACACCUUCUACCCUGCGGUGCUUGUGCUCCCUGUCAGAAGUCCCGGACACGGGAGAAACGCCGAGCCAAGCUGUUCAGCUGCUGCUUCUGCAAGAUCAGACCGGACUGCAAAACGAAGGCGGAAGCAGGGUAG